CACAAAUUAAAAUGAAAUCGGGAUUUCAUAUUUUCAGAAGGGGAAAAGGAAGUUUGAAUCAGAGAAGAAGGGGGAAGAGGGAGAACAGCAAGGACGGUCGCUACUCCGCCGUUGUUCCCACCGACGACCAGUCUCGGGCCAGCGACGCUACACACAGACCACCGUCGCCGGAUUCCCCUCCAGGUCGUCCCUCCUUUGUUUUCCGACGAUGGUAUCCAGGGCUACCAUCGCCGGUUUCCUCCUUCUAUCUUUGCCUCUUCCGUCUCCCGUCGAGUAUAAUCAGCUCCAUCGUCGCCGGAUUCCUCUUCCGCUCGUCCCUUCUCCUUUUUCUGUCGUUUUCCAUCGCCGCCACCAGGUUGUCAUGGCCGGUGGUGGUCGUCGGAAGCUGGGACAUGCCACCCCGAGAGAAUUGUUUUCGUCGACAAGCCAUGCAAAUACGGAAACUUCUCUGGAAGUUACCCCAUCCUUUGAGUCAUAUGUAGGUGGUUCUAGGACAUCUACUCAGGUUCCUCAGACGCAAGACGGUAACUCUCCCAUGGGUGAGGUACCUACCCCCGUUGCGAGAAGGACUUUGCACCCGACGGGGUUAUGGUUCGAUGAUAACACCGUGAGCACCUCCAUUACAAAUAUUUUUCAAGCACAUUGGCGCGAACCAUGGCUUAAAUAUGAAAUGGUUGACAAGAGGUCUGAAAAAGCGAAGAAGAACAGGAGGGGCGGCUCCUUGUAUAAUCCAAUUGAGCUGUCACACUUCCAAGGUUCUAUCUCUGCCUCAAAGCAUGCAAAGAAAAUGGUUCAGAAAGCCGGUGGAGUGCUUCCAACUGCCCCUGAGGUGUUCCUAAAGACACAUUUCAAGGAAGUUCCAAGAAAAGGAAAAGUUGCGGCUAACAAGAGGGCAUAACAAAUCUCGGAAGCCUACCAAAAGAAGCUUGACGAGUCUUCCACUCAAGAAGGGUCACAACCGGGCCCUAACCAGCUAUACUGGGAGGCCGUUGGUGGUAGGAAAAAGGGUGUAGUGAAGGGCCUAGGUGCAAGUGCUAGUUUGUUUUAAUUUAUAGCCCCUCUUCCGAGAAAGGCUGCAAUCGUACAAUCCUUCUAUAGCUUCACGCCUUCACAGUUGGAGGAACGUGUGCAAGCCGAGGUUGCCGAGCGAAUAGAGGAGGCAAAAGUGCAAAUGCAGGCACAGAUGGAGGCACAGUUUGCUACGCAAUUGCAGGAGGCAUUGAAGAAAGAGCAGGAGGAGGCGGCAAUUGAGAGUAAGAGAAUGAUGGAGACGAUGUUGCAGAACUUGUUCUCUAACUGUUCAGGUGGUCCUCCAUUUCAGUUUCGUAGGGAAGAUGACCCGGACAUGACUGGUGGUGGGCUUGGUCACCAGACUCCGGUGUCGUAGUUUUUGUUCAUAAAGCUCUUACAUUAGUAUUGUUGAUAUAGGCCUUAGUAUUUUUUUUGGGGGAAUAUAGGCCUUAGGUUUUUUUUUUGGGAAUAUAGGCCUUAGGUUUGUUUUUUUGGGGGAUAUAGGCCAUUUCGUUAUUUAUUUGGAGAAUAUAGGCCUGAAAUUGAUAUUAUAUUGUCACAUGUUGGCCUUAUCUAUUUUUUGAAGGAACAUAGGCCAUUAAUUAUUCAUAUAGGCCUAACUUAGUUUUAAAGUUAAGCUUAUAAAACUAUUACUAACUAAUUACUAUUAUUAUUAACUUGAACAUUGUUAUUGUAUGUAUUGUUCGAAGUUGGACUUUUUAAUUAUUAAUAUUAUUAUCUA